AGCCAUUUUGGCUCAAGCCGUUUUGACUCAAGCACAUCGCUCGAUUUCUUGCUCACGCUGUUCUGACGCAGAUCUAUCGGCCAACCGGUAGCGACCUGAAUGCAUUCUCACGCGCACCUCGUGGAUUUGUCUCACCUUUUCUGAUGGAGCCAGGAGCUGCGGCAGCGCCAAAGGUGACGGCGCCGGGUGCUAGAAAGCCUCAUUGGCCGCAUACGUCGGGCCAGUGCGACGGCACAGCGUGGGAGCUGCUCGAGCACAGUGCGUUCGAGCAGCUUCUGGACGACUACCUGGUGGAGCACCGGAGAGCUUUGCAGCAGCUGGCGGAGGAGCAUCGGCGUGAGGUCGCGGAGCUGAGGGCUCAGCUGUUCCGCCUUGAAGGCGAGCGCUCCCGGUCCACUGCGGCUGACGUGCGGUCGCCAGAGCCACCGAGGGCGGAGGACGCGGCGCCUGCCAUCUUGGAGGAGGAGACGCACGCCUGCCCGGGUGGAGCGGCGGACGAUGCACACACGCCUGCCGAAAAGCAUGGUGGUUCGACUCCGCUGUGUUCUGCAGCUCAAGAUGGCCAGCUCGAGGUCGUGCGCUACCUGCUUGAGCAGGCCAGGGCCGCUGUCGACGCGCCGAGUCACAAGCAUUGUUGGCCGCCGCUGCACGCUGCAGCUGGCGACGGCCACCUCGAGGUCGUGCGGUACCUUUGCGAGCAGGCCGCAGUCACUGCAGACAUGCCUAACUCAACAGAUGGCUUCACCCCGCUGCAUGCUGCAGCUCACACGGGCCAGCUCGAGGUCGUCCGAUACCUAUGCGAGCAGGCCAAGGUCGCUGCAGACACCCCCACCGCAAAAGAUGGAGAGACUCCGGUUUAUGCUGCAACUCAGAAUCGCCAGCCAGAAGUCUGUCGAUCAUUGUGCGACCAAGACAAAGUCGCCGCGGAUACUGCCGACACAGGAGGUGGAGGGACGCUGCCGCAUGCUGCAGUUCACGUUGGCCAGCAGGCCAAGGUGGCCGCAGACACGCCUGAUGGUUGGACUCCGCUGCACGCUGCAGCUCACACGGGUCAGCUCGAGGUCGUGCGAUACCUGUGUGAGCAGGCCAGGGUCGCUGCAAUCACGCCUACCAGGAAAGGUGGCUGGACUCCGCUGCAUGCUGCAGCUCUGGGAGGCCGGCUCGGGAUUGUGCGAUACUUGUGCGAGCGGGCCAAGGUUGCUACAGACACGCCUAACACAAGAGACGGGGGGACUCCGCUGCAUGCUGCAGCUCAUUACGGCCACCUCGAGGUCGUGCGGUACUUGUGCGAGCAGGCAAAGGUGGCCGCAGACAUUCUCAAUACAAAAACUAGCCCUGCUCCGCUGCAUGGUACCGCCGCAGACGUGCCUGAUGGUUGGACUCCGUUGCACGCUGCAGCUCACACGGGCCAGCUCGAGGUUGUGCGAUACCUUUGCGAACAGGCCAAGGUCGCUGGAGACACGCCUCACUCGAAAGAUGGCUGGACUCCGCUGCAUGCUGCAGCUCUUGUUGGCCAGCUCGACGUCGUGCGAUACCUGUGCGAGCAGGCCAGGGUCGCCUCAGACACGCCUCACGCAAAAGACGGGGCGACUCCACUUUUUGUAGCAGCUCACGCUGGUCAGCUCGGGAUUGUGCGGUACCUGUGUGAGCAGGCCAAGGUCAGUGCUGACACGCCUAAUUCACAAGAUGGGGGGACUCCGCUGCAUGCUGCAGCACACGCUGGCCAGCUCAAUGUAGUGCGAUACCUGUGCGAGCAGGCCAGGGUCGCCGCAGACACGCCUAACACAAAAGACGGGGGGACUCCGCUGCAUGCUGCAGCUCACAUGGGCCACCUCGAGGUCGUGCGAUACUUGUGCGCGCAGGCCAAGGUCGCUGCAGAUACGCCUAAUGCCAAAAAUGGGGGAACUCCACUCCACGCUGCAGCACUGGGAGGCAAGCUCGAGGUCGUGCGAUACCUGUGCGAGCAGGCCAAGGCUGAUGCAAACGUGCCAGAAGGACGUGGAUUGACUCCCAGAGCAAUUCUCGGCUUCAGCCGCCACCUGGAUAACAACGCGAAGCAGGCGAUUAUGGAUUACCUAAAGCUGCAGGAGAAGUCGAUAGCACCGCCAAGGCUGAGAGCAAGAUGACGUAGCUACAUUAGCUGUAUGAGCGUGUGGGAAGUGUGCGAACAACAAAACUGUUCAGGCCGUCGGGGGAAGUUACCCACGUCGAUGUAAUCAUUGUAUGUGUAGCUUACUCUUGAGGAGCCUGUCUAUGUGUAUACAUACGUGUUUGUAUGAGCUUCCGCUUCAUGCAGCUCCUGCGCAGCGCAGCUGUGCUUUGGUCCGUCUAGCGUACGCUCUAGCUCCUCCUUGUGAUUUCCCCAACACUUUCCUCCGGCGCGCAUGUGUCGGCAGUCUGCAAGCCUGUUGCGAAGGCGGAUUGCGGUCCACGUGGAUUUAUACAUGUUUUUGCGCACGCGCGCAGUCAUCAGCACAAACAAAACAAAACAAACAGUUGCUUCCCGACCGCUUCACUGGGGGUAGUUUUCCGUGCCAAAUCCACGUUUGAUGUCCCUGGCGCCCGACAAUGGCCACCGAGGGCCGAAAUCGACGAA